GUGCCGCGCACCGCCAUGCAAUAUCUCGCAGCGCCGACCGACGUACCGAUAUCCCAUGCAGAUCACGCGCGUCCACGCUAAUAUCUUGCACCUCCCAGUCAGAUCGCAAGAAUGAGUAUACGCACUCGCCUCCGGACAUAUCCCCAUCAUCCCCAGCGCCUCGUCCACCAACGCCUCAUGCGCGUCCGUCAUCAAGAAAUGUAUCCCGUCCGACACCAGCGUCUCCCAUGCCAGCGGCGCCGUCAGCGCGAACUGGUCAAUCACCGACCAGCCACGCCACAGCGCAAGGGGCACCAUCGCGUCGGACCAGUAGCGCAGCCGGUUGUGCGUAGUAUGCCGAUUAUCUCGCCGGACGCGGUCCGUGGUGAGGGGCCCCGGUGCCGCGGGGGUGAGCAUGAUGCGCACGCGAGGGCCAGUGUAGGCGCCUGGCUUCUGGUGCGAGUGGGCGUGCGGUAUCCCGUGCCCAUCAGGAUUUCGCUCCUCUACUUGGAUCCACACGCCUAUACCGCGCAGACACGCGUAUUGCUCAUUAGGAAAGUGUCCUCAAGGAGUGGCGGAAGUUAAUAUCGAGCUCAUCUCCAACUCGUUAAUGAGCGCAAACGGCCGGGAUCUCCACGGACAUGCGCCUGCACGGAAUGCGC